CUACUCCAUUGUAGGUCAGCCUGACGUUGAUUAGUUUUUCUAGCGCGCCUGUUUUUGAGUUAAUUGAUCAUUAUUUUUAAUUAUUACAUUUCAAAACUAAGGUUUACUGCCACUUAGAAGUAGUUCAAGCAAGUGCGUUGAUAUGGAGGAUAUUUAUUUGACGACGAAGCCAUCAAGCAUGGCUGAGACACUUGACCCGCUGGCGCCCAGCGUCAACUCAUCCAGGGCGCCGGGACUGAUGAGAAAAUUGAGGAUGAGACUCAGCAGCCGGCCACCCAUCAAUCGACCGGCAGGGGAAGGAUAUGUGGAGUUCGGAGAAUUCCGGGCAGAGCGUCCCGGGAUUAAGAAGGUGGGCACGUUCGCUGGUGUCUUCUGUCCCGUGGUGCUGUCUAUGUUCAGUGCCCUCAUCUUUAUUCGGAUGGGCUACCUAGUCGGCAACGCGGGUCUCCUAGUGACGCUUGCGCAGUUCGGCCUGGCCUACCUAAUCGUGCUGUUCACAGUGACGUCUAUUUGUGCCGUGUCGACCAAUGGAGCGGUGGAGGGAGGGGGGGUUUAUUUCAUGAUAAGCAGGACUUUAGGUCCAGAGUUCGGUGGCGCCAUCGGAACUCUGUUCUUCUUCGCAAACGUUGUCUCCAGCGCCCUCUGUAUAUCGGCGUGCACUGAAGCUCUGGUAGAGAAUUUUGGACCUAAUGGAUACCUAGUCCACCCAAACCCUGGUAUACCCGAUGGCUGGUGGUACCGGUUCCUAUACCGGUCGUUACUGAACGGCGCCGGGCUGGGCGUGUCGCUGGCGGGCGCGGCGCUGUUCGCUCGCACCAGCCUGGCCAUCUGGGCCACCAUGCUGGUCUGCCUGGCCAGUGCCUUCGUCAGCUUCGUGGUGACUCCUCCGCAAAGCAUCGCGAAACCAGACACUAACUUAUUAACCAACAUGACCAGCUUCAACUACACCGGCCUUAGCAAGGAGACGUUCAUGGGGAACCUCUACCCGUCUUAUGGGCAGGACUACACCACCAGCGAUGGGUCUAUGGUGGACUUCGCUUCGGUGUUUGGAGUGCUGUUCAUUGGAGUUACUGGGGUCAUGGCUGGCGCUAAUAUGAGCGGUGAACUAAAGAACCCGUCCAAAAGCAUCCCAAUGGGCACGCUAACAGCGCUUCUAUUUACGGGCGUGUCCUACGCCGCUCUCAGUCUGCUCACCGCUGCCACUUGCACGAGGGAACUGCUACAGAACAACUAUGUAUACCUGCUGCCCAUUAACGUGUGGCCGCCUUUUAUUGCUGUGGGCAUGCUUACGGCAACAUUUUCCGCCGGACUGUCGAAUCUGAUCGGUGCUUCAAGAGUUUUGGAGGCUCUCGCAAAAGACAAUAUUUUUGGUUUUCUCCUACGCCCUGUAGCGAAUCACUCUGGUAACCCAGUACUGGCUGUCAUCAUAUCCUGGCUGCUGGUACAAAUUGGUAUUAUGGCUGGAUCGCUCAAUGCCAUUGCACAGGUAAACUCUGUGCUGUUCAUGACAAGUUACUUCGCCAUCAACCUGGCUUGUUUAGGAUUGGAUUUGGCAUCUGCACCUAAUUUCAGGCCGUCCUUCGUGCACUUCUCCUGGAUGACGUCACUGCUAGGCCUGGGAGGCUGUGCGGCGUUAAUGUUCGCGCUGCGACCGCUACACGCUGCUGGUGCUGCACUAGCGUGCUGCUCGCUGGUGGUGGCGCUGCAUCUGCUGUCUCCUGCUGCAGCUGACCCCAAGUGGGGCAGUCUGAGUCAGGCUCUCAUCUUCCACCAGGUCCGCAAAUACCUCUUACUGCUGGACCCGCGGCGCGAGCACGUGAAGUUCUGGCGGCCGCAGAUGCUUCUGCUGGUCGGCUCGCCGCGCCAGGCCGCGCCGCUCAUCGACUUCGUCAACGACCAGAAGAAGGGUGGUCUAUUCGUGCUGGGUCACGUGAGGAUUGGCCAACUGGAUGGCAAUGGUGACCCGCUGGCGGCCGAACAGAAGUACUGGUUGAAACUUAUCGACCAUCUGAAAGUGAAAGCCUUCGUAGAGCUGUGCCUCGCCGAAUCAGUCCGCAGCGGCGCUGCACACUUGACCAGACUAUCCGGUCUUGGAGCCAUGAAGCCUGAUACAGUGUUGUUGGGAUUCAGAGACACGGAACCGCCUAAAGACUUCUUCAGAGACCCCGCAUCCCCAUACAAAACGGACGCUUUUGACCUGGAGAACGGGACGGUGUUGUUCCCCGUCCGGAAACCCACCGACCCGCGUCCGAGCGCCGCGGAAUACGUCCGGAUAGUGUCCGACGUGUUGUGUGUGGGCAAAAACGUUUGUUUGUGCAGAAACUUCCAUGCUUUGGACAUGGCCGCUGUUGAGAAGUGA